CUAUACUUUUGACACCUCAUUUUAAGGUUAACGUCAGUUCCUUUCCGCUUUGCGACUGCUGCACUACAGUGACGAAAUACUUUACGACUGUUUUGGAGGCUCUUUCAAAAUGGAGUAGACUGCAGAGCACCGUCUGAAGCUAAGCCCCCUUAAGCCAGUUUUUCGUUGUCCCACUGGCUGUGAAACUUUAAAAGACGGGUCCUCGUGUAAAACUAGUAACACGUACAAAAUGACAGAUGACAAUAAAUCGGGCUCUUUGGGGUUCUUCUCGAGUUACGACGAUUUGAGUGACAGCACCAGCGACUCGGACGAGGAGGGAGAUAGUCGAAAGAAGAAAGCGGGGACAGAAGCUGAGGGGAGCGGGACGCAGUCCACCGCCAAGCGGACUGCCGGCGGAGCUGCUUUACCAAGGCCCGACGAGCUGUUCAGCUCCGUGUCCAAGCCCACUUUCCUUUACAACCCUCUGAACAAGGAGAUAGACUGGGACAGCCUGACUGUCAAACCCCCCGAAGAGCCUGCAAGAGAAUUUAAGCCAUGGAAGACAAAUGCUGUGCCACCUCCAGAGACCUAUGCUCCAGAGCCAGAGAGGAAGAAAGGGCCUCCACCAGGAAUGGACAUGGCCAUAAAAUGGUCCAGUGUGUAUGAGGACAACGGUGACGAUGCGCCCAAAGCUUAUUCUGGCAAAGCCCGGUUCUUACCUGCAGAGGAACAGCCCUCUGACUCAGACGAGGAAUCGCAACAGGCCUCGAUGUCUGCCAAGAAACGGCGAGUAGAGACGUUUCAGCAGAAGGAGAAGAGGAAGAGGGAUUUGGGACAAGCCACUUCUGACAAGAACUUUGUAGAAGAGGAGAAAAGAAUUCUCAGGCAAAAGGCGGAAUGAAGCACAAAGCGGUUUAUGAUCUGAACAUUCACAGAUCUCAUCAUUUUUGACACAAAAAGUAGAGCCCUGCAAAAAUAGUGGCUUGUUAGUGUUUAUCUGGUGUAAUGUCUGAUGUCUCUUUUUUUAAAAGCUGUUUUGGUUUUGUUUUCAGAUGUUUUAAUUAGAUGUUCUGUCACUGAGGAGUAUGUAUGAGAAGUUGAAAUAUCGAGAAUAAAGCCUGAUUUGAGA